UCGGAUACUGCCUUGGAGAAGAAGUCGUGGAACCAACUAGAAAUUACACCACUUGAAGCGUGGAAACCCACGCAGAACGCUCAAAGUCAUCGGUAUCCACUCACGGGCACGGCCUCGGUCACUCAAAGUCGAUCUCUUUAUUCUCUCAAUAUUCUUCGUUGCAACACAAAAGUGAAUAAGCAAUAUCGUCGUCUGGGCUUCGGAUCGGAAGAGAAAAUGGGUGGAGUGGAGUUGGUGCUGCCUAAGGAGUACGGCUAUGUGGUCAUCGUUCUCGUUCUCUACUGCUUUCUCAACUUCUGGAUGGCUGGCCAAGUUGGCAAGGCCCGAAAAAGGUACAAAGUGCCAUAUCCCACCCUCUACGCUUUAGAAUCUGAAAACAAAGAUGCAAAGCUCUUCAACUGUGUUCAGAGAGGGCAUCAGAACUCGCUGGAGCUGAUGCCCACGUUUUGCACGCUGAUGAUAUUGGGAGGGAUGAGGCAUCCUCGCGCUACAGCUCUGCUUGGUCUACUCUACAUCGUGACUCGCUUUUUCUACUUCACAGGCUAUGCCACGGGCGAUCCCCAGAAGCGUCUCACCCUUGGGAAAUUUGGCUUCUUGGCCUUGUUGGGGCUUUUAAUCUCCACUGUCUCAUUCGGUGUCAGUCUUCUUCUUUGAUCUAUAAGCCUCUGCUUUCUAUAUACUCGUGCUUGGUUUUGAACUUUUUUAUGUCGGGCUUUGAAUAAUUGAAACUUAUGUUCGAAUUUGAAGGGUUUUAGCCUUUUGUAUGUGUAGCUGUGAACUGUGAAGUUACUGCCAUAUGAAUAAUGAGACUGCUGGACUUGCUAAUA